UAGAGCUUUGUUUUCUAGAGAAGCUAUCCGCUUACGGUAGCCGACGGGUAGGGCUCUGUAAGGUUAGUUGCUAGGUGCUUCGUCCCUCAACGUCACGCUCGACGACGCACGUCUUAGCUUAGCUUAGCUCCCGUUUCACUCGUGAGUACAUAGUAGCUUUGUGGUUUGACAUGCUCUUGCUGUCAACUACAACUCCUCGUCGCUCCUAAGCCUUCUCCCUUUCACAAGAGCCUACGCUUGUCCUCUGAAGAAUCUCCUUAAACUUCACGAGAGCCUGGCCUUAAAUCUUCUUAAACGCAGCUGACUCUUACUACCCAUCCAUCGGCUGUUUUGAGGCGCCUCAAAAAUUUACUUCCGAUCCAUCGGCUGUCGUUAGAUCGCUGAGAUCUACAGACUCAGAGUGCAGUGCUGCGAACGAUGACGACGAAAAGCGAAAUAACAGCAGAGCGAAGACUCGAUCGCCAGAACUCGUCAGCUCGGAGACGAUCGGCGAAAUCGUUUCGGUUACGAACUCCCGCGUCCGCUCUCCUGCUGCUCCCGGUUCUCCUGUGCCCGCUAGUCUGCGAGGCGCUCAUGUCCGAACCCGCCAAGGACUCGACGCCGUCGUCGGUAUCCGCCAAGCAAUCGCAUCCAUUCCACAAAGACUUUCGCGUGACGUGGGGGAACGUGACUGUAUCGGACGACGGCCGCGCGGACUUAUCUCUCGAUAAAGUGUCCGGAUCUGGAUGGUCGUCCAAUCAGCCGUACUACAACGGGUGGUUCUCUGCCUGGAUCAAGGUGCCGUCCGGCUACACGCCAGGCGUCGUCACUGCCUUCUACCUGCACUCGGAGUGGAACACGUCGUGGCCGGGCGACUUCCACGACGAGGUGGACAUGGAGUUCCUCGGCGAGCGCUUCUCCAGCGACGUCGUGCUGCAGACCAACUGGUACGGCCAGGGCGUCGGCGGCCACGAGGAGCGCCUCAAGCUCUGGUUCGACCCGGCGGCGGACUACCACCACUACGCGUUCCAGGUCAAUCCGGAUUGCAUCCGCUGGUUCGUCGACGGGAUUCUGAUCCGCGAGGCGUGCAAGGCCGCGGUGGGGAACGACCCGUUCCCCUCGUCGUCCAUGUUUCUGGUGGCGUCUUUAUGGGACGGCAGCUCCUGGGCGACGCAGUACGGCGCGCUGAAGAUCGACUGGGCGCACGCGCCGUUCCGCGCGGGGUUCCACGGGCUGUCCGUGGACGGGUGCUACUGGCGGCAGAUGGACGAGAGGGACCCCCCGCAGUGCGCGAAGAUGCGCGGGGACCGCGACUGGAAGCCGACGUGGGAGAAGGGGAUGGAGGAGAAGGACUACGUGCUGCUGCGACACACGCAGGCGCACUACCUCACGUACUCGUACGCUCUGGACAAGACGAGACAGCCGUUCAAGCCGAAGCGGACUGCGGAGGCGACUGCGGUAGAGGCGACAGCGGUAGAAGCGACGGCAGGAGAGGGUCAAACAGAGCAGCAGCCAGCGGCGGUGGCGGCGGCGGCGGCGGUGCAGGGAGGUGGAGUGAAGGGAGGAGCUAAGGAUGGGAAGCUUCGCGGUAAAAGAGGGCCGGGGAAACGGCUUAGCGCGCAGGGGAGAUGAGCGACGGGAGGUAGGGUGCAACAACACUUUUCCAAGCGUCACUGAUUAUUAACUCGACUAAGACUGGGUCAAAGGCAAUAAGUCGGAGGGAUGGGCGCAUCCUAGAUGUCGGAUGGUGAAGCGGGGACGACCGGAGCUCUGGGGUGAAGGAAUGAGCUGAAUCCCAUGGGCGCCGGACUAGAGACGGUGUGGGGAAGGGAAAAGGGGAGAAGGGAGAGGGGUGGGGGGGAGGGUUUGGGGGGAAAGGAGGGGAAGCAAGAAUGGAUGAUUGGGGAUAAGUAGGAGAUUCAGGUUAUGUGAGAUUGCAGCUAUGCCUUGGGGAGAUGGGGAGGGUGAAGAUAGGAAGGGCUUACUAACACAAUGGAGCUGGAUGAUGCUGUUGCUAAAAGAGGGCUGUAAGAUUGUAGAGGGGAAUAAUGGGUAUGACAUAACGUAUGUUGCUCCUCAAGCUCUCUAGUGCUUGAUGGCCGAAGUAUAAUAAUGCACAUACGUCCAAUAACCAUAGCUCUAGCGACCACAACCUGGAGUGGUGAACAUAUCGUAUAUUUGCUUGUUCUGUGAAGCAUACUAUAGGGGAACAAC